GUAAUUAAUAAUCUCCACCCGUCCUCUCCUACUUCCGUUCAGCGGCUCUUGCAGCUCGCUCACCUUCAAAUCUCCUUAAAAAAAUCGCCGAUUUGCAGGGGAGGGGGGCAAGAAAUGGGGAUGAGAUGCCACGUCGUCGCGGUGCUGGGCGUGGCCUGCACUGUGGCCGCCGCCGUCGCCGCCGACAGGGAGCUGUCGUUCGCCGGCGCCGUGGCGCCGCCGGAGGAAGCGAGCUACCUGCGCAAGCUGGCCUGCUCCCUGUGGCAGAGUGACGGAACCACCUACCACCACGUGUGGCCGCCCAUGAAAUUUGGGUGGAAAAUCGUGUUGGGGUCAUUCAUUGGAUUCUUCGGGGCAGCGUUCGGCAGCAUCGGCGGUGUAGGUGGUGGUGGGAUCUUUGUGCCGAUGCUGACCCUGAUCAUUGGCUUUGAUCCCAAGUCAUCCGCGGCGAUGUCAAAAUGUAUGAUCAUGGGGGCUGCCGUGUCAACCGUGUACUGUAACCUCAAGCUGAAGCACCCGACAUUGGACAUGCCAGUGAUAGACUAUGAUCUGGCCCUACUCAUUCAGCCCAUGCUCAUGCUAGGGGUCAGCAUUGGGGUUAUCUGCAAUGUGAUAUUCCCUGACUGGCUCGUCACAGUCCUCUUGAUCAUUCUCUUCAUAGUUACUUCAACCAAAGCUUUUCUGAAGGCUGUAGAAACAUGGAAGAAAGAGACGAUAAUCAUAACGGUAAUGUUUUGUUUUUCUGGAUACCUGUAUUUUCAUUUUUACAUCACAUCAGGGAUGCUGAUAAGUGAUAAUCACUUCGUUUGGUUAUUCAUUCAGGAGACAGCAAAACAAUCACAGCAAACAAACGAAGAACAGGUGUACAUGCCGCUGUCUGCAGGACUUGACGCCGCAUCUCAGUCUGAAAUUCUGUCAGAUGAUGAUCAAAAUGAAACCCCAUCAGACGAAGCGGUAUCCAUUUGGAAGAAUGUUUACUGGAAGGAGGUUGGCCUUCUUGCCUUCGUUUGGGUAGCAUUCCUUGCGCUUCAAGUCACUAAGAACUACAUGGCAACUUGCUCCAUCUGGUACUGGGUUCUGAACUUACUCCAGAUCCCUGUGUCUGUUGGGGUGGCCAUGUACGAAGCAGUAGGUUUGGUGCAGGGGAGGAGGGUGAUAUCAUCAAAGAAGAACGAGCAUAACAGCCUGAGAGCUCAUCAGCUAUUGGUAUACUGCUUCUUGGGCGUCACUGCUGGUGUCGUCGCCGGUCUGCUUGGCGUUGGUGGGGGCUCCAUCAUGGGGCCUCUCUUCCUGGAGCUCGGUGUUCCUCCGCAAGUCGCAAGUGCUACAGCCACCUUCGCGAUGAUGUUCUCAUCUUCCAUGUCCGUCGUAGAGUACUACCUCCUGAACCGGUUCCCUGUGCCAUAUGCUGUCUACUUGACCAUCCUGGCGUUUUUCGCUGCGAUCAUUGGCCAGAGGGUUGUGAGGAAGCUAAUUGAUCUGCUAGGGCGGGCGUCGAUCAUCGUCUUCAUAUUGUCCUUCAUGAUCUUCAUCAGCGCACUCUCUCUAGGCGGAGUCGGCAUCUCCAACACGAUCCACAAGUUCGCACGGCAUGAGUACAUGGGAUUCGAGAACAUCUGCAAAUAUGACGCGUAGGAUGCCACAGCCUGCAGGCGUGCAUGAACAGAGUGAUGUAUUGUGCAGUACACUGGACUUUGGAAAUGUCAAGGUGACCAAAGGCUUGGAGCUCAGGAUUCCAUCGGGUGGUUUAACAAGGUGAACAAGGCUUGGAGUAUUCCAAAGUCCUUGUAAAUUGCAAAUUGUAAGAGCUAAAAUGUAAACUGUAAAUGGUUACAAUUAAAGAAUUUACAGUUUAAUCU